GGCAUAGCGAAAGCAUCGUCUCAACUGAUGACGGUGCAAAUACCUAUACACCAUAUCUCUGGAAGCGACCCCGUUUCCGAGCCAACUGAACACUCAGUGAGGGUUCAUGGGCUUCAUGAGAACUACGAGAGGUCUACAACCAAAAAAUUCAAGGUUACUUCUGGGCUAGACCCAUCGCCAGAGCCUCCCUUGAUCCAGCGACUGCCCGCAGAGAUCUUGACAGAAAUAUUUACCUACUGCGUCUGCGACGUCACCCGACCUCCUCCUAAAGAGGUAGACUCCAUUCUACGAGAGCCGUGGACCGUAUCCCAAACAUGCCAAUAUUGGCGCAACAUCGUUCUAUCCUUCCCCAAGCUCUGGUCCUACAUCCACCUAGACCUCUCCGAGAUCCAGGAAAAAGAUGUUAUACUAAAAACGAAUUUUCCUGAAAUGCUCGCACUAUGGAUGAGCCGCUCUGGUUUUAAAACCCCUCUCCAUAUCACAUUCCACGACUUCGCUGUCCCAACAGACGACAUCCGCCUCCGGUCUAUAAGCCGAAACCUCAUGAGCACCCUCGUAUCUCGAUCAAACCGCUGGGCCGAAGUCUCCCUCUGUGUAAGCCCAUCCAUCGUGCAUUGCCUACGCCAAGUCAAAGCAAACAUCCCGCUCCUUCACUCCUUCACCCUCAAGUCCACCGAUCCCUUGGCGGGAUCUCCAACAGUCAAAGAAGCACGGCUUUAUAAGCUCCUGGUAUCCGCACCCGCGCUACGCAAUCUAACUCUCGACUUCUCCCGCAGCUUCGUUCUUGACAAGCUCCAACCCCCUUACGCGCAACUCCAAUCCGUCUCAGCUAGAACCCUCACCCCGCACGUGCUCCUCUCGAAAACCCGUAGCAUUAAGAGUGCAAGCAUCCGCGCGGUGAUGUUUUCUGGGUUUCUGUACUCUAUGUGCACAGUGGCCAUUUGCCCCGAACUGACAUCCCUCGAACUAUUUGUCUCCCCCAUCCUCCUCGACUUCCUGGAGCUACCCGCCUUGCAACACCUCUCCAUCCAAUACACCACGGAACCUGAUGACUUUGCGCGCAUCACGUCCCUUAUCAACCGUUCGUCGUGCUUCAUACGCACGUUGAAGCUGUCGCAAGUCACUUUACCGCGUAAACAAGUAGCGAUCGAGCUCUUUGAGUGUUUGCCCAGCCUAGUAGAUUUGGAAGUGUCUAUAGACAAAGGACGUUCCGAAACGUUCCAUGGUUUCGUGAAUGCGAUGGUCAUCAAGCCAUCCACUAAUCCCACUCUGGAAUCCGACAAAAAAGAGAACGAAGUCCAAUCGAAUCUCCUCACUCACCUCGAGCGAAUCAAGUUUGAGUGCCCGAGGCGCGGUGCUUACUCCUCGAACGAUGUGAAACAACUUGUGGACAUGGUUGAGUCGCGCUGGCGGCUACACGUCGAAUUGGACAACGAUGUAGUCCAGUUGAAAACUAUCCAUCUUGCCGCACCUGCGUUGAGGCAGGAAAGGCUGGAGUUGAUGAGAGAGGAGGGGUUGGAGGUCAUUGGGGACUUUUAUUGA